AUGCACAUGUUAGCCUCAUCUUCGCUACUUGCUUUCCACCUCACAUGCUCAUUCUGCGUCAAGCCGGUUUACGACGCAAAUCGAUCGCUGUAUCUGAGCCGGCGCAUCUUCUCAGGCACAUCGAGAACUAAGCAUGCAUCAGAGUUCGGGAGCACUUCUGUUGAACUUAUCGGCCAAGUCGACCGUGACCAGUUUCAGCGGAAAGAGUUAACUUUCGUGGUUGCACUAAGACACAAAGUCGUUGGCAUGCCGGAAGUCGAGCUGGGCUUCGGAGCAGGCUCUGUGAAAUUCACCAAACCUAAAUAA